AUGCCCGUCCUGAACCCUUUCCUGCGCGCGCUCUUUCAGAGUAGUGUGCUAGGUCAUGCGCUCCCCGCCCAGAACUACGUCCUUCUUGUCCCUACGACCGAAUCCCUCUUUUACGGCCAGGAUCGCGAAACCAACAAGAGGUACGCCGACCAUGUCGACGACGAAGAUUUCCUUGGGAGCCACAUCCUCCGAAUCAUCCCUGCGACGGCGGAGAAAGAUGGGAAUGUCCGUGACAGUCGUGGCAAGGCAAAAAACUAUUCAACCGUUAAUGGGCGCACGGUGAUUCUGAAGGAGAACACCGUGUAUAGUAACAAGGGAUUCAAACAUCUGAAUCAGGCGACUCUUUUGAGCGACUUGCUGUACUAUUCGCCAGGAAAUGACAUGCAACAAUGGCUUGUCUACUACAUAUCGAAACCUCUGACUGGGCUGUUCGAGGCAUUGCCCAUCAAACCGGCCAUCAUCGGAGAGACCAGAAUCAACCACGCAAUACCUGGCUCCUCGUCCUCAUCAUCUGAGCCCCCCACACCGAAAAAGAAAGACAUCAAGACCUUUGGACAACUAUUGGAAAACUUUCCUAUGAUACAGCGACAGAUGCAACCCGGACUAGAAAGAUUGUUUAACGAGUUCAGCAAGGAAUUAGGAAAGCCUCUCCCACCGCCACCCUCGCGCAGUCCAACACCCAGUACUUUAGAUGGGACGACUCAAGCUUCGGAAACCGGGUCUGUCAGAUCGAACGGGUCCGUUAAGUUGCCGUUCAACUCUCCCGCCUAUUUCGAGGAUGAGGAAGAUCUUAUGCGAACAGCCCUGGAGACUGCUGUCACAGCUGCGAUUGAUUUGUUCCAAGGCGUCGACAAGCAGCAGCUUUCCUACUUGGGUGCCACAACCGAUCUGACGGGUCCUGAUGUGGAGAAACUGAUCGAGCGUUACGUGGCAGAAUAUGUCCAUCCUACUUUAUUAUUCCCUCGCCUGUGUUCAUUUCAUAAGGCGCAAGAUCAAGAACUUGAUAGGCGGAUACGACAGAUGGAUUGUUUAGACGUCUCUCAGGUUGGCAUAGUCCUCGAAGACGGUAGAAAGGGCAAAAGAGACCUCAUCAACCGGGUCAACCGUGGUGUCGCGGUGUUUCGAAGGAUGGGCGUUGCCGGGAGUCCUCAAGAAAUGCUCGACAUCCUUCUCGAGACCCAAAAAGUGGUGUCGGAGCCACAAGGCAUUUCAGACGAAGAAAAAAGGGCUGUGGCUGCAAUGACAAUAAACGCAGAUAUUCUGGUGUCCAUGCUCCUGCUGGUGGUUGUCCGCGCCUCCGUUAGGCAUCUUCAGGCAAGAUUGUCCUAUAUGCAGCGCUUCAUCUAUAUUGACGACGUCGAAAGUGGCGAAAUCGGAUAUUCUCUGAGUACAUUGGAGGCUGUCCUGACAUAUCUCGCAAGAGAUGCUGUUGGUUUGCGAAAGGCAUCAAAGCAAAAUCAAUGGCUGUGGAAAGCCGUAAAAACCGGAAACAUUGAUGAAGUCAAAUCAAUAUUCGAAGAGUCGGCUAUCUUAUCAGACGACCUCGUCGAUGAACCUGCAGAGAUCCCAUUGUCCAGAGCAACAACAGCAUCAGCCAAAUCGUCCGAAUCAUGUCCGAGAGUGACGUUAUCGCGAACUUCGUCGAGUGAGGGUGGCCUGUCACAUGUAUUUCCUUUUCAGGCAGCCGAGAGAAAGAAUUUGCUACCCAAGCAGAAGAAGAAGGUGCAAAUGGCAGCUAGGAGCAUGUCAGUCUCAUCAGCGUAUUCACAAUCCUCUCGGGCCGCGACAAUUGAGACAUCGCUGAGCGGGAUUGAGGGCGACACGUCUGUGCAGAGUCUGGCUCAAACACAGGAUGCUGCGGGAAAUUCGGUCCUGAUGAUGGCAGUCGAAAACCAGCGAUCAGAAUGCCUUCGAUACCUGUUGAGUCUUACAGAAUAUUACAGUACUGAAGCAGUGUUGUCAGAUGUAACACAGGAAGGGGCUACAUUACUGAGCGCCGCAGUACAGUUGGCCAACAUGGAUUUGGUUGAUAUCAUCCUCGGCUAUGUCGAACAACACGCCGACGAGCAAGUAUUCCGCGAAUAUCUAUCUGUAAAGGACUCUCGAGGACGGAGUGUGGCACACUACCUGUUCAAUACUCCUCAGCUGAUCAAGAGACUCGCAAAUGUCCUUCCGUGGCGGCAAAAGGAUAGAAUCGGCCAUACCCCCUUGUUCGCGAUUUGCCGGACUUAUGACCACCCUGACUAUAGCAGCAUGGUUUCCGAAGCCCUGACCGCUGCAAAGGAAGCUCAACACGAAGGGGGUCCACUCCGUGUGGAAGACCACAUGGACAACAAGGGCAACUCCUUGCUGCAUAUCGUCAAUGAUGCUGCCAUCCUCCAACGGAUCCUACAAACUUGCGAAGUCGAUCUGAAUGCCAUGAACGACAAAAAAUUUACCCCCUUGAUGCUGGCAAGCAAGUACGGGAGAGUAGACAUGGUUCGAAUUUUCCUGAGCGACCCACGAAUAGAUUUGCAUCUACGCGAGUCUCGUGGGCUAACUGCUGUGGAACUGGCGAAAGAUGACGAGGUGCGGAAUCGGAUUGACGACUUGACCUUGUUCUCGCCUUCCAAUACAGCCGAUGCUACGGGACGGAUUACAGCAAUUGUCCGGUCAUUCUUCGUCGAGGAUGGUUCAACAAGAUUUAUUCUCAAGUCGGGUGCUCCAAACCCUGCGGUCUCAAGCACAACCUAUACCAUCACCACAAGCCGGCGCUCCUUACAAGACUUCGAAAACCUGGCAAAAUGGCUCUUGAUGGAUUUUCCAGCGUCAUACAUGCCGACGGUGCUAGCCUCGAACUUCCGCAAUCCAUUCCAGCUACACUCCCGACCAUCCCGUGCCGCGUUGUAUGAUAUACAAACCAAUCUCGACCGGUUCCUGAAAAUUCUAUUGAAACAUCCUACUUUCUCCACGCACGAAAUGCUCUGGGAAUUCUUCCUCGUCCCAGAUAUGCAGCAAGAACAGACAGCGGAUCGAGCCCGCCUGAAGGCAGAACUGAUACAAGAAAAGAUUAACGAUGAAUAUGACCCUCUCAUUUCUCGGGCAGACAUGAUUGCUGUGGACGGUCUGGUUUCUCAUUCGAGAGACAUUGUACGGAAAAUCAACAUCUGCACCAGGUCGUCCAUCCGGAAGGGUCAUGCUUAUGUUCAAGCACAGGCGGAUUUUGCAGAGGCGUUGAGCUUAUGUUCGGUGGCCUUUGCAACGAUGGGAACACCUGCAGCGACACUUUCGAAGAUGCACGUCGACGCUUUUUUGAAAUUUGCGGCUUUGAUGCAUUCUGAGCCGGCGAGUUCUCCUCUGCAGAACUACAUUUGCAGUUUGUCCUCGUUUCAAUCGACAGUUGCGGCUGUGCAAUCCGCACUACUGAAGCCGAGCGCAUUGAUUGACCGGAUCACGGCCGCCCAAAGAGCGAUGGAGAAGGAUAAGUCAAACUUGGCGAAUAACUCGACUCCUAGAAAAGGAGUCUUAAAGAAUCUCAAUCUGCCUUUUCCGGGCACGGAGGAAUCACGUAUAAAGGUCGUUAAAGAUACGGAGAAGAAGAUCUUGGAGAGAGGAUUGGAGAUCGAGAAAUUGGGCCGAGAACUGAGAUAUUCUCAGGAGGUGGUUGUUGGAGAGCUGGCCGGUUGGACAACCUGGAGGCAAGAAAUGGGCCGCGGAGAGAUGAAGAGGCUUGCUCGAGGGAUUGUGGUCCGGGAGCAGGAACGGCUGAAGGCUAUGGAAAGAGUCCUCAGAGCAUUGAAGGGGAGCUGA